AUGGACGCGACUCAAUUCCGAGCGGCGGGUAUACAACUCAUCCAUUAUAUCGCAGAUUAUUUUGAGAAUAUUCGUGAGAGACCUGUAUUUCCGUCAGUAAAACCCGGAUAUAUCAAGCAAUACAUACCCGAAACAGCCCCUGAAAGUGGGGAGCCGUGGAGUGCUAUAUUCGCUGAUAUCGACAGAGUUAUAAUGCCAGGAAUCACACACUGGCAGUCACCCCACUUUCACGCAUACUUUCCGAUUCUCACAUCGUUUCCAUCAAUCUGUGCGGAUAUUGUGUCCAGUGCUUUGAGUGUAAUCGCAAUUUCAUGGGUUAGCGCAAACACACCGACUUUGUUACCAAUUUAA